CUUCCAUUCUUCGGGCUGGCGAGACACGAUUUUUUCCGAACGAGUCGUAAAACCUAAAAAGAUGAAAAUCCUCAUCGCAAUAGCGUCGUUAUUGCAGCUCACGUUCUGCAGCCACGUCGCCAUAAAACUGCCCUACGCGAAUCCAGCGAGCGUGACCUACAUAAAUAAUUUCCAAGGACAGGAGCAUCCAGUUUCUUACAGUGCUGCCGGUUAUUCCCAGCCCCAAACGGCCCAGUACGCAGGCCCAGCCCCAAGCAGUUAUCAGUACCAGUCAGCAGCCUUCAAUCAGCAACAAAACGAUCUUCAGUAUUCGACACCAGUUCAGUAUCAAGCUGGACUUCGUUACGCGACUCCGAGUGCCGCAGUUUAUCCGGCAAAUGUUGCCGCUCAUCACGUUGGUUACGCAGCUGCCCAAGUGCCGGCCGUAGCCGCGGUCCCAUUCGUUAAGCACGUCCCAACGGUCUCCAACGUUCCUGUCACUCGCUACGAGGCUCAUCACGGACUCAUCGAGCAACAAGUUGAUAUUGCCAAGCCUGCAGUUUCUACUCGGAAGUUUGAGGUGCGCAGGCCUGCGAUACAGAAGCAGUUUUACGACAUUGAGGAACGCGUUAUAGUACGACCGGCUGGUUCAGCUCUGGUGGAGCUCGACGAGCCAACCUCAAAGAUUCAGCGAGGGCCGGCGGUGUUAUCCGAAUCAUCUUUGCUCGGGGUGACGGCAUCUCCGCUCUCUCAUCAAUACCUUAGUCAGGCUACGUUGAUUUCUCAAUCCCCAUCAUCCCCAAAUGCCAUUCCAAUCGGGUCCAACACUCCUCUCAACGGGGGUCAAUCGAUUUCGAACUCCGGAGUUUCUCACGCCCCAGAAUUGUCUGCCUCCACCGCUGAUGAAUCGAGUAAAAUUGAGGAGGAAUCCGUCAUCGUGGAUAAUCCAAAUUUCCGCAGUUCCAGUGGCGCCUUGUUUCGCAGCUCCCAGCAAUUAAACGAAAAUCAGGUUGCAUCGAGGGGCCAGGAAAGUCAAUACCAAGAUUACCUUCGCAACGAGUAUAAACAGUCAAACCAAGUCGAAGAACAAUCCCGACAGCGGUAUGAACAGCGGCAGGAACAAAGCAGCUCACGAACGUCUGGACCAAGUGUAAUUACCAGGUCCAAUGCUACACCUUUGAAUACCGAAGCGCUAUUCCCUUCGAGGGAAGCAUCGGCCUCGGUAUUCCCGAGUACUAGAACGAGCCCCGAACAGGGCAGGUCCAAUCAGCAGACCCUCAUUGAUCUGCUGACGGCUCAUGGUGGAAUUACCGAGGUCGGUUUCGCUCGCAAUGGACCUGCAUCCGUGAUUGGAAACGCCGAGAACAUUCGAGCCCGAGUAAUAUCAGCAACUCCAUCUUACGAUAAUGCGAAGCCUGCAAGUGAAAGAGUCUCAACAAGGCGAGUGGUCGUUAGCAAGCCCGUUGAGACCCUACAGGAAAUAGACGUGGCUGAGCCAGUGACAAAGUACGAAAGGACUUCGGUCCAGCAGCCAACCCUCUUUAAAACUGCUCAUCUCGAUCACGUGCAGGUGCACAGUUCUGUACCUGUGAUCGGGAAAGCCCUCACCCCCGCACUUGCCCAUGUAUCCGUUCCAGUUUAUCAGAAGACUGUCUCGCCAGCUGCUUAUCAUUACUACUAACUUUAACGAGUAAAUUAUAACCUCCGACAUCGAAGGGGGAGACGAGAAAACGACUGGGAUCAAACGCACUGACUCUAAAGUGACACAAUAUUGAUUAAAUACGAAUAAAAAAAGUGAUUAAAUCAUAGGUAGGAUGUAGACCGAGUAAUUCUAUAGCUGUAAGAAAAUACAAGCCCGCCAGAUCUCUUGCUAUCAUAUUUUUCACUACUGACAUAAAUAUUGUCGCACAAUCUGUUUGCUCUGCCUUAUAUAAAACGAUAUUUCCUA